GUAUUAUAUAAAUGGAAAGCUUUAUAGACUUGAGCUAACUUGAGCCAAUUCCAUACAAAAAUACUAUUGCUGUAUUGAAUGAAUACAUGCUUUAGAACAUUGACUUUUUGAAUAAGUAUUAAGUACGACUAUAAUUACAGAUUCGGUCAUUUCAAUGAAAACAAAUUAUUUGAGAUGGAAGUAGUUCUGGAUGAGAUCGAGUCGAAAGUGCUGUUAUUGGAAAAGAAACUAGAAUCAAUACCACCAGAAUUCUAUAAUGGUUUAGUGGUGCCUCCUCUUCAAUAGUAAUAAUAAGUGGCUUAGCCUCAGGUUGUAGAACCAUAAAGUAUUCUGCUGUAGUAAUUGUAGAUAAUCAAAAUAAUGCAAUUCCUCCUCCUCCACCACCGCCACCUCCUCCUCCUCCUUAGAACUAUUAGUAGAUUGUACCUAAUUAGGAAGCUUCUUAUGAAGCAGCUGCCGCUCCUCCUUAAUUUGAAUAGCAAAUAUAAUAACCAGAGUAGGUCUAAGAGGAAUAAGUUUAAUAAGAGGAAGUGGAAGAUGGUAUGAAUUAAGUGUAAUAAAAAUUUAGAGAGAUUGGAGAAAUACAAAAAACUAUUGAGUUAUGGGGUGAAUCAUUAAUAAUUAAAAAUGAAAAUGUAGAUGGAAGGAUUAGACCCAAAUUUAUUAGACAAGUAUUUGACUUGAUAUAGAAUCAAAUUUAAUAUAUACAUAAAAUAAAUAAAUAUUAG